AUGAAAAUUGUAAACAUUUUGGGAUAAUUAUGUUAUGAUGACAUUAGAAUAAUUGCUUUGAGAGAAACUUGUGAGUUAGUAAUAAAGAGAGAAAGGGUUUGUGAUUAUAUCAAUAAGAGUUUGUUAAGUAAGUAUAAGAAAUUCUAAUUAUUUUAGUUGAAUUGGGAUAUGAAGAUGAAUCAGCAUUGGAAAUAUGCCUUAAGUAAUUGAAUAAAGCUUGUAAUCAAAUUUAAUAAUGA